AUGCUUUGCGGAUCUUGUCAGAAGAUUUGGGCUAGAAUCGAUUCUGGCCUACCUUGCGACAAACAGACUUCUGAGCCUAGUCUUUUUGAGUACGCACAGCAACCGAAUACAUGGACAGGCUCACACCAUACCAGUGAUGGCAGCUUUGUUUCUGCUGUUCAGGACAACUGUUAUAUUUGUACAACAAUCGAGAGAGACUGUACUCGCGAAUUGCGCAAACAGGCCGCCUUGUUUCGCACGUUCUAUCAGCUCCAGUCAACAGAUAAUCCGGAUCAAGACGGACGCCGCUAUGACUUGGAUUUCACGGUCGAAAUUCUACGAGGACAACCUCCCAUCCCACAACGACAUGUUUUUGACUGCAGCGGGAUAUUUAAGAUUCUGCCCAAGCAAGGUAUGUUUCUAAUUCGAAUCAUCUGGUGGUUGAAACUGAUCGAGCGAGUAGCAAUAUCAGUUCCCAUGAACCCACUUCCGAUCACUAAAAAUACGUUUAGCACAGCUUGUGAGAAGCUGGUCCGUCGAUGGCUCGAGGACUGCUGCAAGUGCCACAAGCAUUGCACUCAACGAUUUGAUACAACGAAGAGCUCGAGGAAGCAAUUACUAACUGGCUAUCCAACCCGCAUCCUGAAUAUAUCCGCUGCACGAGGAGAAAAAUUCAGCUUGGAACUCUCGGAAAACCUAUCGAAACUCCCCGAAUACGUUACAUUGAGCCAUUGCUGGAACAGAAGCAUGCCGCUCAAACUUGAAACAGGGAAUAUCGAUGAACUGAAAGCAGGUAUGCCAUUGUCGAAACUUUCCAAACGUUUUCAAGAUGCAGUGAAAAUCGCUCGCUGGAUGGGCAUCGAUUAUAUCUGGAUCGAUGCUCUCUGCAUUAUUCAAAAUUCGAAAUCAGAUUGGGUUUUAGAAGCGAGCAGAAUGGGGGAAAUAUACUCAAACUCAUACUGCAACAUUGCUGCCACGAGCUCUGAAGAGAACAAAGGUUGCUUCACAGACAGACCAAGGGAAUUGGUGGAGCCCUGCGCUGUCUCCGAUCCUCUUUCGGAUGACCCAGAGAAGACGCAUAUCCUUGGGUACAAUGAUUUCUGGUGUAACAGCCUCCUAGAUACCGCUCUACACAACCGAGGGUGGGUAAUUCAAGAACGACUGCUCAGCCCCCGCACAAUCCAUUUUGGACAAGAACAAAUUUUCUGGGAAUGCCGUGAGAUCAAGGCUUGUGAGGCUUAUCCUGAAGGCAUACCGGAGGCCUUUUGUGAUUGGAGAACGCGAGCUUGGGGACGGCUGGACGAGGCGCUCAUAGAGAACGGCAAAUACUCGAAAGGCACAAUGGCGCAACAACACCCAAGCUUCCUACAGAGACUUUGCGCCUGGCUCAAGGGUACAACAAUGCCGAUGUCGGCCACGACCGCACCCUCUCCAGGACUACCCACAGCCUACGAAUUCUGGAGCAGGACCGUGGAGCGCUAUAUGGAGUGCAAACUAACCUAUCAACAAGACAAACUUGUCGCAAUAUCUGGUAUUGCCCGAAAAAUCCAGGAAGCCACCGGAGAACGUUAUCUCGCAGGGCUAUGGGACAAUUCCUCUCUUGCUCCUAGUCUUCUCUGGUACGUGCUUGGGCGCCGACAAGCCGACAGUACCGCCUCGGUGCGAUACAGAUCGGUGGAAGAUGAUUGCCGUGCGCCGUCAUGGUCUUGGGCAUCGAUGGAAGCCAAGAUUGUUUGGCACUGGCCUGUUGGCUGUGAGUCAGUCUUGAUCAAGAUCUCCGGAAAGGAGGUCAAUACAACUGUAGGGACUGAAUUGACCGGGGUUGCAUCCGCGAAACUUCACAUCGAAGGCCAUCUGUCCGAGGCUAAACUACGCAUUGCGGGUCAUGACCAAGACGGUUAUGCCACAGAGGAUGGCUGCUAUGCAUUACAACUCAAAUCGCAGGCAACUUCAUCUCAACAAAUCACUGAGCUAGAGCCUGCAGUCUUUCUCGACACCCCUUUAUUGCCAGAUCAUUGUGUUGAUGUACAUCUUCUCCCCGUGUGCACGGGAUGGAAUGGGCUUACCGGAGACAUUGACACCCAGCUUUCUGGGCUGGUCCUCAAGAAAGUCACAUGCCGAUUUGAGGCCAAAUACGAAAGAAUUGGCAUAUUUGGAUUGGAUCAGACGCAAGCAUAUCUUCUCUAUGGUCUCGGCUCGGAAAAAACAAACGAUUUCAAUGAAUACAUCACAAACCUGGAAAGGUCGGUGAUUACCAUCGUCUAA